AUGGCAACUUCUAAUUUGUUUUUGGGAGAGGAAAAGUUUCCACAGCCAACAAUUCCCACAUUAACUCGUACUUUAAGACAAGGGUUAAUUAAAGAAAAAUUAGGAGAAAAGAUUGUCAAGGAUCUGAAAAUGAUGAAUUCAGACGAGCGCAAGGCAAAUAUUCCAGAAGAUGAUGCAUCUAAACAAGCACCUAGGGAGACUCAAACCCCUGGUUGCCCCCAUAAGUCUGCACAAGGCCGCCCACCUGAUAUGUACACAUUUCGAGAUAUCACGAGCAUAAUAGAAUCUUCUUACCUCCAAGUAGACGACGAAGCAGUUCAGGUGGCCAACUAUUAUCAUCAGUUGAGCAUGGUUGGAUGCCCGGUCUGUAGCAUCCUCUUGAGCACAUCAAUCCCAAAAGAAGAAUCCGAUGAACUGAGUAAUGGCAGUAUAUUGUUAACUCAGCAGUCUAAUCAUGAGCCCCAGAGAAAUUUCCUAACAAAGAGAAAUGAUGACACAACAAUAUCUUGUUAUCAAGACAAGUGCAAGACCUCGAAGGCAGUCAAUGAAUCCUAG